AUGGCAAACAUAGAUGAUAAAACUCACUGUUCUGUCACUGUCUACAUCCGAUCUCCGCGCCACGUGUUGUACAGAGUCCCGGUGCAGGUGCGACGCGGGAAGAAGCACAUUUAUGAGCCAGAAGUGGUCCCCCUAGGCCCAUACCACCACCGCCGCCAUCCACAGCGACAAUUGGUGGAGCCACUCAAGGACGAGCUACGGGAUAUGGUUUGUGCCAACAACAAAACCCUAUUCCUGAGCAAGAUCCUCAGGCAUAUAGAUGAAAUCCGCCACUUCUACAACGGAGCACAUCACUACACCGGCGAUGAAUUGGCUGAAAUGAUGCGUGACGCCUGCUUCCUCAUAUGCUACAUGCAAGUAUGCUCUAUGCAAGUCAACGAAACCCAAACCCUAAUUUGCCAGCGUCUGGGGAGGUCUGGGAUGUUGUUCAUGUUCCGCGAUAUGUAUAUGCUUGAAAAUCAAAUUCCGUUAUGGCUCAUCUCCUUAAUACACCCUCACCAGUCAUUGUUGUGCAAGUACUUAAACUACAACGCGUUCGGGGAUAACAGGAUGACACACCUUCCAUGGGGAAACGGAAGAGGCGAAGAGCCUCUUCACCUUCUAUAA